GAAGGACACCACACUACGAAGUGAAUUCCUCAUAUACAGUUGUUUCUACCUGUACAACUUAGCUAAGGAGUGCCUGCAAAAAACAGAAGUCGUUGAUCAAGACAGACAUUCUCAUUUUAUAACAAUGUCAUUCUCUUUUGGUCAACCUGCGUCGUCCUCAAACACACCAUCCUUUGGUACAUCAGGAUUGUUUGGUCAACAAAAACAGAAUGCUCCCACACCAAGCUUUGGAUCUGGGUCUUUGUUUGGAGGAUCAAAUACAGGUUCCAGUCCUUCAAAUACUAAUCCCGCCGGAGGUUUAGGAAAUUCCUCAUUAUUUGGCCAACCUCAGCAAUCUACUGGUGGUAUCGGCAAUCCUUCUACAUUUGGAACACAACCCUUAAAUGGACUUAGUGCUACCACAACUGCGGCACCCCCUUCUUCUACUACUCCUGUGAACGCCGGUGCAUCUUCAGCUCAACCUCUGUUCUCAUGGAGUACAAACCCCUCCGCAGCAAAGUCUUCGGAUAUGGGCAUGUCAUCUGCUAAUCCAAAUGGGUUUUUGUUAUCUUCCACCAUGUCACCGAAUGCAGCAGUCAGUAAUGCUCAGUACGGCCCUGCCCAACCCCCUUCUAUCGAAGAACAAACACAAAAAGUCCUCAAUGCUUGGAAUUUGAAGCAUCCCGAUAAUGCCUUCCAAAGAUAUUUCUAUAAUAAAGUUCCUGUUGAACAAGCGGCUCUAUAUGUCAAACCGGCUACUCACAACCAGCAAAAAUGGGAUGAAGCUGUUGCAAACAGACCGAGCAAUAGCGUUGUCCCAGUCCUGGCUGUUGGGUUUCCUGAUGUGCAAAAGAGAAUGAAUAUGCAGAUUAAUCAAGUUAAUGCUUAUCGCAUUCGUAUGCGAGAAAUCGUUGAAACCCUAGAAAGGUUAGGCAACAAACACGACCUUAGCUCCAAUAUAAAACUUGCAGAAGCAAAGAAUCGUCACAUUCAACUUUCAGAACGUGUUCUUCGUCUAGCCAUUAAAGUACAUGUGUUGAGACAUCGUGGUUAUGCUUUGAAAUCCAAUGAAGAAGAUCUUCGGAAACGACUUGACGACCUUGCCAAAUCUCUCAAUAAUCCCGAAGUGUUUGGCCGCCUGAACGAAAUUUGGGCACGAAUUACUUUGAUUUUCGAGGGUAAGAAGGUCUCAGAUGAACAACGGAAUUCCCUUGCAAAAGGAGCAAUUGAUUGGAGUAAAAACAAUGAUCAGUUACAAACCAUUACAGAUGUGCUACGCGAUCAUCAAAAUGGUUUAUCAUAUGUUGCGAAAUUAAUUCAAGAGGACUUGGGUACCUUGAGCAAACAACUGGAUGACCAAACUAAUUCGUCGAAGUAAUUUUGUUUCAAAGAUUAGUAGUGUUGUUUGUUCUUUUCUUCUUUCAUAAUUAUCAAUAGUGGAAACGACCAUAGGUACUUGGGUUAUAUAAUCUUAUUUUGGGUGACUUGUUUCUCUUUCUUGUUUUAUAAAUCUCUGUCAUAUUAUUUCCUUAUAUCAUGAAAUAAAUCGGUAGUUAAAAUUAUCUGCUUCUUUGAUUGCCUCUUGUCAUCUAAUACUUAUGAUUUGGACUUUAGCAACUUAGUUCUUGAAAUUUCAUUCCACCAGCUAAUUUAUCAAAGAUGCUUGGCUUGCACUUUGGAAGUAUGUGAAUUUAAGAUUCAAGAGCCUUUACAAAAUAACGAAUCACAUUGAUACCACGACGAACUAUUGACUUAUAGACAUCACCCUGAGCUUUCCCAAUUUAAGCUCCAACACUAAUAUAAAAAUGACAAAUUUGGAUUUUAUUCUCUGUUUACCAAAAUGGGAAUAUGUAUGGCACAAUCAAUUCAUAAGCUGAACGCGUCCUUAUACAAGUAGCGACGUAGAGUUCAUCGUAUACAGCGUAUAUAAGCAGAGUAAGCUACGCUUGUCAAAACUUUAAGCGCGCAAGUUCUUGACAAAAGAGAUGACAAAAGGAGCUUAAAAAGUAGUGUUAGCAACAGAAUGGUUCAUUUGAAGAUUUUAGUCUCAUUUUUUCAAUAAAAAAAAAACAAAU